UCAUUGUACGUCACGCCAGUACAGAGAGGCUUCCCAGAUGCCAGUGCGCUAUAAGCAUUUGCACAAUGUAUGGAAGUCCGCCAUUGCGGUGGGACAACAUCGGUCAGAGAGCUGGCUGAAAUUCGAAAUUUGGGGAGCUUUAGGGCAUCCUAAUGCAGCACACUCCCCAAGAUCUAAAAGAAAAGCUGCUGGAGACUCUUGAUGAUGAUAACAAUGUUAUUGACAUGGACGGAGUGUUGGCCGUCAUCACGAUAUUGGAAACGUAUCCGAUCACAAGAGACGUACUUGAGCAAACAAGGAUUGGAAAGUAUGUUAAUGAACUCAGGAAGAAAACAGACAAUGAACAAUUGGCCAAGCGAGCAAAGAAGCUAGUAAGAAACUGGCAAAAACUCAUCAACCCUGAAGUCAAUGGAGAUCAUGGAGGAGUAGCUCCUAGUCAUCCCAGUGUAGCAGCUUUAAGUGGGAAUGGAUCAAAGCCCUGUAGUCCAGCACUAUCUCAGAAAUCUUUAUCACCAGUGGUCAGUCAGAAUGUUGUGCGAUCUAGUCUUUCAAAACAAUAUCCAGGAUAUAAACCGAAUACACCCACCCAGAAUUUCAACCAAAGUGUAAAACCAAGUACGCCCAAACUUCCGCAACCUCAAAGGAGUAAACCCAACACUCCAAACAUGCCCCAGUAUUUGAAAUCUGGACUUUCUCCUAGUUUCAGUACAAGUGAUCUUAAAGGUUAUAGUACACCCAAGGCCAGCAAAUUUCCGAAGCUUAACUCUGUUCAUUCUUCCCCUGAUCUAUCAUCCACUGUGAUAAGUUCACAAACUGAUCGACUAAGCAAUAAUGGCAGUCCUUCUAAUGAUGUGGAAUUGAAAGGAAGGCUGUCAAGAAAUGUGUCUCAUGAGAGUCUUUCAAGUUUGAGUGGUAGUGUAAAAGAUAUUCCACAGCACUCACAUUCCACAAGAGAAAAUGGACGUUCUUUGUCUUCUUAUUCAGGGUCUGUUCAUGAUGAUCAAAGUUUAAACUCAAAAACAAAUGUGGCAAAUAAAAAGCGGACACGGAAUGAAAACCAAAAUGCGUCAUCUAAAAGUGAGAGCAUGUCUUACAAGACAGUUGCCAAUGGAUCUGCGGCACCUUCUCCUGUAAUGUUCAGUGACAAAAGUAUGCUAAACUCGAGUCGAAUAUCACCGUCCUCAUCUACCUCUUUCAGUGGAGGUGGAAAACAGCAAACCUUGCCAAGUCGUCGAAAUGCUAAUCUUGCUGUCAGCACUGAUACUCAAAAGCCUUUGGAUAAGGCAAUAAAGACUCCAAAAGUGAAAACUACAUUACAAAUAAUUGCGGAUUUGCGAGCUAAAAGCGGACAGUCAAUUGGAAAUCAAGUGAUUCAUCAGAUUGAAACCAAUCAAAUUCAGAAGGAAAGUGAUGUUCUACCCUCAGUUCUACCACCAGGUGCUCGACCUAAACGCCGUCGUAAACAGGAAGACCUGCAGAUGUCAUCCACACCUCUCAGGCCGCCAUCAAGUCUAAGUCAAACAAAGCGGGAACUCGUGGAAAACUAUCUGGAAAGCUCAAUAACACCUAGCAGUGCUGUGGACAUGAGCCCCUUUAAGUAUGAGCUUUCUCAAUCAGAAUCUCUAGGCAAAGAGGAAUCUAGCAUAGAUAUUACUGACAGUUCAGAGGUUGACACAAGUUUCCGACCGUCUGAAGUUCAAUCCAAGGAACAUUAUGAUCUCCGUGACAGCAUUAAUACAGACACUGUUAAGAAAGAAGCGCCGCAGAAAGUACUCACUUUGGAAGAGAUAUACAGUCAGCUGAGGCCAAUAGACUACAGUAGUGUGGAUUAUGACAGUAUGGAGACGGAGGAGGAGGAGUGCGAGGUUCCAAAAUGUGAGGAGGAAGUGAGUGAGAAUGUCUUGGAGCGAUUGCACAAUUCAGAAUGGAGUGAGGUGAAUGGGUUGUAUGAUAUCAAUGGUGCUUGGAAGGACUGGACACAAACUGUUACAGUGGCAUCUCACAAUGAUGAACCUCUUUAUAUUCUGCCAUAUGUUCUCACGGACGACUAGUGCAGAAGAAAUCCGUGUUUACAACUAAUUUCUAUUUUUUUCCCUUUCUUUUUUUAAUUUUAUUAUGAGUUAGUGCAAAUAGAUCAGAUCAGUGCUUUCAAAAUUUAUGCAGAUCUAUGUAAUAUUUGUUGAUAUAUUUAAAAGAUCUUUAAUUAUGUGUUUGUAUCUGUUCUUGUAUUUGUAUAACUUUCGAGGGAAGUAAAACAAAUAAAGAAUUAAAUCUUUGAUUUAUAUGGUGUUGCAAUUUUCUAGCAAUCUUUGUAUCAGUUAGGAAAACUGGUAAAUAAUAAAUCAUUAAUUUAUA